AAGACCAAUGUGUAGUCUUUUAAGUACUAUAUAUGAAAUACUAGUAUAAUACGUAGUAUUUGGUUAAAAAACUAAGAAUAAAAUAAUUUUCAAAUAUAGAGUAACACAAAUGUAUUCUCUUAAAAUUAAGGAUGAUAUGUUGAAACCUCAUGUUAUGAAAGCCAAUUUAUAGAAUUCUCUUUUUAAAAAUAUCAUCCCUCAAAGUCACGGGUCUAAUUUUCAUCCAAAUAAAUGGGCCGGAACCAAAUACGGAGCACCCAAAUAAAUGAAAAGAACGGACAUGAAAUGGGCCGAUUCGGUGGACCGAGGAGCUCCAGAUCGCGCAACCCGAAUAAAGAUCGGGCCGGAUGACUCGAUCAAUUCCAAACCGUUCGUUCUGAAGGGAUUUCCAGAGGCCGAUUCUUCUUCUUCUUCUUCCUCCCACACGCCUCUUUCCACAGAUCUCUUCAAGCGAGACGUUCUCUGCUCUUCGCGUCGCAGCAAACUCCCUCUCGAUCUCGACGCCAUGAGUUUGGGGAAGAAGAUAAGGAUUGGAGCUGAAGGAUUUGGGAAAAUCAAUCGGUUUAUGUACAGAAUUUCUGGCCGAAAAGAUGAGAGUAAGCAGUUUUUUGGUGCCAAUGAUUCGCUUAAGGCUGCCACUUGCAAGAUUGACAAAGAUGGGACGGAUUCUGCUGGCAUGAAGUCCUUUAGAGCAUUGGCGCUAUUUGGUGCUGGAGUCUCUGGGCUUAUUGGAUGUGCAACAAUUUCUUACUCAGAUGAGGCCGAGCAUGGCUUAGAGUCUCCGAGCUACCCGUGGCCUCACAAAGGCAUUCUUAGUUCAUAUGAUCACUCUUCGAUUCGUAGAGGUCACAAGGUUUACCAGGAAGUCUGUGCAUCUUGCCAUUCGAUGUCACUAGUUUCAUACCGUGAUCUGGUUGGUGUGGCAUACACUGAGGAAGAAACUAAGGCAAUGGCCGCCGAGAUUGAAGUGGUUGAUGGGCCUAAUGAUGAAGGUGAGAUGUUUACACGUCCAGGGAAGCUCAGUGAUCGGUUUCCGCAGCCUUAUGCAAAUGAAGCGGCUGCAAGGUUUGCUAAUGGAGGAGCUUAUCCACCCGAUCUAAGUCUCAUUACAAAGGCCCGGCAUAAUGGUCAGAAUUAUGUUUUUGCUCUUCUAACUGGCUACCGUGAUCCUCCUGCUGGUGUUUCGAUUCGUGAAGGGCUUCACUAUAACCCUUACUUUCCUGGUGGUGCUAUCGCUAUGCCUAAAAUGCUAAAUGAUGGUGCUGUGGAAUAUGAAGAUGGCACUCCUGCAACAGAAGCACAGAUGGGAAAAGAUGUUGUAACAUUUUUGUCAUGGGCUGCGGAGCCAGAAAUGGAAGAAAGGAAACUGAUGGGGUUCAAGUGGAUAUUCGUGCUAUCUCUUGCACUUCUCCAAGCGGCAUACUACCGGCGGUUGAGGUGGUCGGUUCUCAAGUCAAGGAAGUUGGUUGUUGAUGUCGUCAAUUGAUCCUCCAAUCUCUCUCUUUUCUAUGGACAUUUUGCGUCCACGCGGGUGAAAAAAAACAAAUAAUAAUUCUGCAUUGGUACUUUGGUGAAAUGAUUUUGGCAUGUCUUUCGAUAGCGUAGACCAUUAGAAGAUGAUGAUGAAGUGGAGCAUCUAUAAACUAUUUUUUUUCUUCUUCUUCCAUGGAUGGAAUUAUGGAAAUAAGCUCAACUUUUUAUAGAGUUGUCCCAUUUUUUGUUUAAAACUUUUUUUUAAAUUACUCUUUUAUGUAUGUACUUUGGUCUUGGCUCACAUUGGUUUCCAUUCAAAGUAUGUCAAUUGAUGUACUACUUGCCUUCUCAAGUUGCUUUUA